AUGACUUGUAAAAAAUAUAAAUUGUUCUUAUUUUUAGCUCAUUCCUCAGCUCUUGUUGGAAAUAAACUUUAUUUUUUCGGUGGAGAAAGGGAUGAUGGUUUUUGCACAAAUGAGGUGUUCUAUCUUGAUGCAUCCCAAUCAUUUAAUUUGGUGAACCCGCCAUGGGUUGACCUCACAUUAAAUGCGGGACUAUUAUUCAGAAGCUGUUGGGCCACUGUUUCAUUCAAUUAUAGACAACAAAUUAUUUAUUUAUUUGGUGGAAGAAUGUAUUAUCCUACAGAUCAAAAUACUUUUAUAUCAAAUGUUCAUUCAUUUAAUUUAAAUUCUUCAAUCUGGAGUAUACCAGAUGUUGAAGCAACUCCACCUAAAAAACGUUUAAUUGUAGAUAGUGUUAUUGAUAAUACUGGAAAAAUGUAUAUUUUUGGAGGGUUCGACUACAAUUUUACGAAUUUUAAUGAUAUGGUCAUUUUUGAUACUGUCGCAUUAUCAUGGUUAAUUAGUGGUAUGGAUGAUAAACAAAUUAUUGAUAUUUCAGUAGUUUAUUUAUAUGAUACAAACUCCUUAAACUGGUCAGUAAAAGUAGCGAAAACUUCAAGCAUGAUUGAAGGUCGUGUUGAUCAUACUGCGGUGUUAGCACCAGAUGGUAAAAUCAUAAUUUAUGGAGGCUCUAAGUACCUUGGUAAUACCUUAGUUCGAGCUGUUCCUGAACUAUUCAUAUGGAAUCAAAAGAGGGAAAAGCCAUUGCCUAAUAUUCCAACUGAAUAUGAUGAUGGCGAGCAACAUUUGCCUGAAGUAGUGAUACCCUCCAUGGCAAAUUCUGGAUACUAA